UUAGCACUUUCUCAGUCUUUGGAUCUGGACUUUGGAUCCUUUCCUGUACCACCAUUUCUUUCCUUAUCUUCAGAUAUUCCGCUAUCCACUAUGUUCCCAUCUACUUUACCUCUCUAUGUUUACUCUCGCCGUCCUCGCCCAUCGACUGAAGUGGCCGUACCGUCUUCCUUACAGUCUUCUGAUCCUGGUACAUCAGCGAUACCACCCCUCAAGGGUUCUUACACUUGUUUAUCAACCUUUCGCACUUGGGACACUUGCAGUACUGACUUACUAUGAGGCAAAAAUCAAUACCAGAAGACGCAAUCUGUUUGGAUAUACCCUUUUCUUCAUAAGUACUCUCCUGGUUCUAGUUUUGGAUUUAGCUACAUCUGGGAAAGGAGGAAUUGGAACUUAUGUUGGCAUAUGUGCCCUGAGUGCCGCUUUUGGAGUUUCAGAUGCUCAUGUUCAGGGCGGAAUGAUUGGAGACCUCUCAUUCAUGCAACCUGAGUUUAUUCAAUCUUUCCUGGCUGGUUUGGCUGCAUCAGGGGCUUUAACAUCUGGUUUGAGGUUGAUUACAAAAGCAGCAUUUGAGAAUUCCAAGGAUGGCCUUCGAAAGGGAGCCAUUUUGUUCUUUGCUAUCUCCACAGUCUUUGAGCUGCUCUGUGUUCUUCUCUAUGCAUUUAUCUUUCCAAAGCUACCGAUUGUGAAGUACUACCGCUCAAAGGCAGCCUCGGAGGGAUCCAAAACUGUUUCAGCUGACCUUGCUGCUGGUGGCAUUUACACACAACCCAGAGAAGAAGCUCAGGAAGAUCCUAAACAACCAGAGAGGCUGAGCAACAAAGAGUUGUUAUUUCAAAAUAUUGAUUAUGCAUUAGAUAUGUUUCUGAUAUUUUUGCUGACUUUGUCGAUCUUCCCUGGGUUCUUAUCUGAAGACACCGGAUCACAUGGCUUGGGCACAUGGUAUGCCCUGGUCCUGAUUGCAAUGUACAAUGUAUGGGAUCUUAUCGGGAGAUAUGUUCCACUCCUGAAAUGCACAAAGUUGGAAUCACGAAAAGGACUCAUGAUAGCGAUACUUUCUCGUUUCUUACUCAUUCCAGCCUUCUAUUUCACAGCCAAAUACGGUGACCAGGGCUGGAUGAUAAUGCUGACAUCCCUUUUGGGGUUAAGUAAUGGUUACCUAACUGUCUGUGUUCUUACUUCUGCUCCGAAAGGUUAUAAGGGACCAGAGCAGAAUGCCUUGGGGAAUAUACUAGUGCUAUUUCUUCUAGGAGGUAUAUUUGCAGGCGUAACAAGUGAUUGGCUGUGGCUCAUAGGCAAAGGCAGCGAAUGGUUUGGCAAUGGAUUGGGAGAGAUCGAACCCUAA